UUCUAUCCAUUUGAAUCAUUCUCUGCGAUUCUUCCGAAUUUAUCUCAGUUUGGACGUUAGCCUGUUAGGGUUGAAUUAUCAUCAACACUUUGCAGCAACAGCAGAUAUUUUCCUCUCAUUUUCUGGUAAAUAUCUUUUCAGUUUUUUUUUCUUUUUGAAAUAUGAUGGUGCAAUGAAUUCAUCACAGUGAGCACAUCAAAUUCAGUAAUGGAGGUCAAACUAGAGCGAAAGGACGCAGCUGAUUGGUCGUACAGAGGUGAAGGUGCUGCUAAUAUUGUCCUCGCUUACACUGGAUCAUCUCCCGCUUUUAUUGGGAAAGUAACGAGGAUAGCAAAAAAAGAAAGGAACGGGUCACCGAAGUGUGACUCUAACCAAUCAGUAUUAACAGAGGAAGAACGGUUGUUAUGGAGAGACGUGCAAGAGUUGGUUGCCUCUCCUACGAAAGAAAUUGCAGAGCAGAUUUAUACUCAGCUAGUCAUGAGUCCUCUGUUAGGUCCCAAACAUGUCGAUGCCGGGAUGCGUGUGCCAGUGGCAAGGGAAUUUCUUGAGUGUGUUGAAAAGAAUGUAAUUAAGCAGCGUCCGCCUUGGCGAGUUGAUGUUUCCACGUUUGAUAUGGAACGCGAUUCUGUGAUUAUAAUGUCUGAUCAUUCUCUAUUUCCUGGAGGUGUUCUUGGAGAUGGAUCUUGCAUAUCAGUUGAGAUAAAGCCCAAAUGUGGAUUUCUUCCUUUAUCAAAAUUCAUGGCUGAAGGAAAUUCUGUUAAAAGGAGCACUACUCGUUUUCGAAUGCACCAAAUCCUGAAGUUGCGUGAACAAGAGAUAUCAGAGUUAAGUGAGUAUGAUCCUCUGGAUCUGUUUUCUGGUUCCAAGGAAAGAAUACAUAAAGCCAUCAAGGAUCUGUACAACACUCCUCAGAACAAUUUCCGUGUAUUCUUGAAUGGUUCUCUUAUAUUUGGGGGCUCGGGUGGUGGCACAGAGAAAACUAAUGCUGUGGUUGGAAAAGCUUUUGAAGACAUGCUUGAGGGCAUCAUCCAGGCAGAAGAUGGCUUGCGCACGAUGAGUUUUAUACAGCUUGUUGGUGAGACAGUUUACUGCUCUAGAGUGCUGGAUGAGCUUCUUGAAGUUCAAAAGUUUGACAAUUUUGACAUUGAAGGGGCCAUCCAUGCGUAUUACAACAUUGUUUCUCAGCCUUGUGCAGUAUGCCAACAGUUGGAUGAAGCAGGACUACCACAUAGAUGUUCCUCUUUGCAUUCCAUUCAUAUGGAUGAGAGUUUGAAGAUUGUGAAAGAUUAUCUGAUAGCUGCUACUGCAAAGGACUGUAGUUUGAUGAUCAGUUUUAGACCAACAGAAGACGGGGAGUUUGGAUCUCCAUAUAGUCAUGUAUACCUACAAUCAACUAACCAAAGUUUUAAUUACAAGGUGAACUUCAUUGACUUGGAUUUGAGACCUUUAAAGAAGAUGGAAGACUAUUAUGAAUUGGACAAGAAGAUAUUGAACAGCUACUCUCGAAUUUUGUAAAGGGAGCAUAAAGAUGGCAAUGCUGGGAGCAUGGAUGCUUAUAAAACAUAAAUUGAGUUUCAACAAGACUAAAGAUUGUUGAUGUAAUGCUUGUAACUUGUAAGAGUGCAGAUGGAAACUGUUAAUAUUUUGGUUCACAAACUCUUCGCUCUUUAGCUUUUAGGGAGAUUGAAUCUCCCUUAAAAAUGUAAACUUCAGCUGACCCAAAGUAGUUUGGGAUUGAGACUUUGUUGUUGUAGUUGUUUUCUAAAAUUUAGUUUGUCUUUUCUUACCUCUUUUAUGGGAAUUGGGGUAGUAGACGAAAUUAGUCUUA